AUGGAGAAGACGGACGAUGAACGGCACAAUGUCGAACUUGAAGCUGGCUCUACGGAUAAGGCCAGCACUCGGGGGUGCUUCUCCAAGAUCUUGUCAGUCAGUUCUGUGGAAUCUCGGGGAGUCAUGCCAGUUCCUCUUGAGGAACGAAUCUCAACACAAUACAGCAACUAUUUCUCUAUUUGGUUCUGUAUGAACGUCAAUCUACUUCCAAUUACCUUUGGAAUGCUCGGCACGAUGGUCUAUUACUUAAGCGUGAGAGACUGUGCAUUGGUCAUCAUGUUCUUCAGUUUGUUGACGGCCGCUUUCCCUGCUUACCUGGGCAUCCUCGGACCACAAACUGGUCUCCGACAGAUGAUACAGGCACGUUACAGUUUCGGUAGAUAUCUUGUUUCCAUUCCGGUUAUCCUCAAUCUGGCCACGCUUACAGGAUUCUGUGUCAUCAUCUGUGUAGUCGGCGGUCAGUGUCUGUCCGCUGUUACCGGAGGCAUUCUUUCUGCAGCAGUAGGGAUUGUCAUCGUCGGACUACUCGCUCUUGGCAUUUCAUUCUGUGGAUACAGAGUCCUACAUGGAUAUGAACGCUUUGCAUGGAUUCCGGCGCUCAUUGCUAUUGUCAUCACAGCAGGUUGUGGGGGAUCAAAACUCAAAGAACAAGUGGCCACAGAACCUGCCACACCCGCCGCCGUGUUAUCCUUCGGUAUGAUUGUUGCUUCGUACAUGAUACCCUACGCAUGCCUCUCAUCUGACUUCACCACUUAUCUGAACCCCAAGUUUUCCUCUUUACGGCUCUUUCUCUAUGCAUACGCUGGUAUCGUCAUCCCAUCAGUGCCAUUGAUGACAUUAGGAGCCGCCAUCGGUGGAGCUAUUGCGAACAUACCCGAAUGGGCAGAAGGAUACGAUAGGAUGUCCGUCGGUGGUGUGCUGGCAGCCAUGCUUACCCCGGCUGGUGGGUUCGGCAAAUUCGUGGUCGUCAUCCUUUCCUUCACCAUGCUUGGCAAUAUUUCUGCGACCAUGUAUUCAGUCACUCUCAACUUCCAAAUGCUGAUCCCUCAGUUGGUAGUGGUGCCAAGAUAUAUUUUCUCCAUAAUUAUCACCGCCAUUGUCAUACCGGUCAGCAUCAAGGCAGCUGCGGAUUUCUUCUCCAGCUUGGAAAACUUCAUCUCACUGAUUGGUUAUUGGAGUGCAGCAUUUGUCGCUGUCUUGGUUACUGAACACGUUGUUAUUCGACGCUGCCAAUAUAGCACUUAUGAUCAGUCGGCUUGGAACUCAGCAAAACAACUGCCAUGGGGUGUUGCCGCCUUGACAGCAAGCGUCUUGAGUUUUGGGCUAGUCAUUCCGAGUAUGGCUCAGGUGUGGUGGACUGGGCCAAUCGCAGAGACUGUAGGUGAUAUUGGGUUUGAGCUUGCCUUGGCAGUUACUGCCGUUCUAUACGUUCCGCUCCGCUUAUUAGAGAAGCGCUUAGCCGGUCGCUAA